AUGGCGGAGGAAGUCGUCGACGCCCCCGACGGCGUCGAGCAGCUCGUCGACCUUCGCGUCGGGCGCGUGCUCACCGCGACGAAGCACGAGGACGCGGACAAGCUCUACGUCGAGACCGUGGACGUCGGCGAGGCGGAGCCGCGGACGAUCUGCAGCGGGCUCGUGCCCUACAUGUCCGCGGAGGACAUCGAAGGCAAGACCGUCGUCGUGCUCGCGAACCUGAAAUCGCGCAACAUGCAGGGCGUCCCGUCCCACGGCAUGCUCCUCGCCGCGUCCGACGCGUCGCACGAGAAGGUGGAGCUCCUGCUCGCGCCGGACGACGCCGUCCCGGGCGAGCGCGUGUCGUUCGGCGACGUCGCCGCCGCGGACAUGGCGGAGGCGCACACGGAGAACCAGAUGAAGAAGAAGAAGACGUGGGAGAAGGUGCAGCCGGGUCUGCGCACGACGGACGACUGCGUCGCGUCGUAUAAGGACAUGCCCAUGAUGACGAGCGCGGGGCCGGUGACGUGCGGCUCCAUCAAGGGCGGCUCGAUCGGGUGA